AUGACACAUGGUAGGUCCAGCUGCAUUCUGACCGUCAGUUUAUCUCAAGAUUUCUUCUCCCAGCGUUCAUCUUCCACUGCCAAACUUCCCUGGCGUGGUCGCGUGACCGUCUUUAGCUUCGGCCAAUUGAAGGUCAUAAACGUUGAGGUGCUAGAUCGCAUCGCUGCUGAAGUAGCGCUACCGACUGCAACGACUCAACACAAGAUCGUGGCCACAGAUAGAAACAAUACGCUGAUACCUAUUCAUUUAGUUAACGUGUCCUUACUUCCAUCCUCAUCAUCAUCGUCGUCGUCUUCAUGGUCCUCAGUUGAAUUUCAUUCUGAAUCAGAAAAUAUUUACAGGUUGUCUGUGACUGUCGAUCAAAUCAAUCGACCCCUUGAGGUGAAGCUUCUGAUCACAGGACUGACGCUAUUCAUCGCCUCGUGGACCUUGUACCACGUAUCACCAAUCGUUCUCACCAAAUUUGUUAAUAAUUUAUGCUCUUGCCAUUUUUUGAAGGAUGGAGAGAACAAAGAAAUGAAAGAAUUCGUUUAUGAUGUUUUCAAAAGCAGUUAUAACAAAGGAUUCAUUGAAAACAAUUCACAUAACACGUUAACGUUCAGAAUGCAAGCUCCAUCACGUCACCUGUUCAUGCAGAGAUGGGAGAUGAAAGUCGAAACCAGUGGUUAUGUCCAAGUCAUUGUUCUCGAUCUCUCGCUAGAGGUUAAAGGAUGGAUGAGUAACAAAGGAAAAUCGAUGCUGAUGUCUGAGGUGAGCGUGUGCAACAUGAAACCAACCCGAAGUGCUGUCGACACGAAGGACGAUGCAGCUCUUUUUGACGUUGGCCACAACUCUGCUAAUGACGGAAAGAGAUUUGCGGAUGUAAAUUUGAGAAACUCCACGUUUCAAAAUGAUGCUGCCAAGAAAGGAUCUUCGUUCACCAGCUCCAAUCAGCAAUUAAGCAACAGAAGGGAAGUUCGUGUGUUUCCAACGGAGCUAACGUACCAAGUUGAUGAGAUUAACAAGACGUUCGUCAAGAAAUUCGAUAUUCAAAACUGGACUCGCACAACUGUUCAGUUCAGCGUUAUAAAAUUUCCAAUGGCUCCGUUUAGUUUCGACCGCACAGAAUUCAAAAUAGAGUCUAUUUCUAUUACGAAUCUCAGUAUGAAAUGUGCCUCGUAUGUUAUUCUCAUUUCUCCGUUCAAUCAGUAUUAUGAAAUGUAUGAAGACUUGAAAUGGUUUUAA